AUGGAAGGAUCUGGAGAUGCGGCUGAGGACGACGAUGCGGAAGCCCAUCUCGAGGUUGAGGAUCCUGCGGCACGGUUCGUCUGUACUGCGCGAAGUGGAGCUCUCCAGGCACUCGAUGACGAGGACGAUGAUGUCCUGUCGUCCGGUCGAGCUCGCCACGACGGUGAUGAAGCAUUCGAAGAGCUGGACGCCGUGGAGGUGUUUGUGGCCCAUCGACUUUGUUGCGUGCCGUUUGUCGAAGGCUGA